GGUCGAACCUAGUAAACGCAUGAUGUAAUAAUAACAAACGUAAAUAAAGAUUGGCCUGGCCUAUUUAACCACCGGCUUCAUCGUGCAUAUCUCUUAACACAUAUAUUCAUAAGACUUCAAUUGCCAAGAUAUAUCCGUGAAUGCGAUAUAUUUCAUCGAAACACCCAGUAACUGGAAUAUUCGGGACAAUCGGCCAUUUGAUCGACAUCGGGCAGACGACAAAAGCCGGUGUUGUGUAGAGUACCGAAGAAUUCCCGAUCGGAUCAACAUUUUUACCUGUUGGCGCACACAUGCAGUAUUAAUCGCCCACAGCGUGUGGAAAGUAUAUACUGCACAGACUGCAGAUGAGUGCAACAACGUAGUCAAAAUGGUUACCAUUUCCCCGGUGUAAGACAACAGAGGAUUGCGAGUCAUUCAAGAAAGGUGCACGUACGAGGAGAGAGAGAGCCAUGUCGGCCUCCUAUUUAUGUACAUUGUGUGUGUUGUGUUUUGUGUUGACUUUUGCGAGUGGGGUGUAUAUUCGUGCCCCCUCGGGAAAGGAAUCUUAUGCCCAGUAUCCGAAAUGGAACGCCUGUAUUAACGCUUCUUUGAGUUUUGAGUUCAAAACAAGUCAGGGUACGGGAAUUUUAAUGUACACGGACGAUGGGGGCUCCUAUGAUUUCUUUGAGCUGUCGCUCGAGGGUGGGGCCGCCCGACUCAGGAUAAACAUAGUGGACGGUCACGAUGGAAGUGUGGAAUUCCAGGUCGGACAGAACCUGAAUGAUAACAAAUGGCAUCGAGUGACGCUUCAAAGAAACAGGAUGGAGACCACUUUUUCAGUGGACCAGGAAUCGUCGAAGAAUGUGUCAUAUGGGUCCGACUUUUACUUCGGAAAAUUGGAGAAUAAUAGCGAUGUGUUCUUCGGAGGUUUGCCCGAGUCCUAUAUGAAGAACCUGGAAAACCUUGCCCUGCCCUCGGUCAUGUUCUCAAAGCAUUUAGCUGUGGAAAUACGUAAUGUCAUAUACGGAAAUUGUUCGUGUGAGCACGUCCGUGGGAGCUUAGUUCACGGAGUCUCCCUGGAUGGGAGGUUUACCGAGGCCUGUGAACAGAGGAAUCCCUGUGGGGACUGCCUCUGUAUCAGUGCUGAUGCGGGACCCCAGUGCCAAUGCGACGAGACCGACAGAUGUGGGAAAGAAAUCUCUAGCGUGUUUUACCAUCUUCCUAUGAACAUGCUGAUUGGACGAACUUCUGUCAAUCCUUCGGGACUCGAUGCCAAUAUCGAUGGAUCCAAUGGACUUCCGAAGAGUGUCAGAGGCCCUGAGGGUAACGCCAUCCGUAUUCGGGGUAGGAGGGAGUGGCUACAGGUUUCCGGGCCGGGCCACAGAUACGAAUGUUUCGGGGAUCUGGAAAAAUGUUAUAACGGGUACACUCUUGGCCUGUGGGUGAAAUUCAACGACGUGGGGGACACAGAAGGGGUGUACAUGUCCAACGGGGGACACAGCUCCAGCUCCCACGGGAUUGCCAUGACCUACAAACUCGGGGAACUGGAAUUCGUGUUCCGGACCAAGUCCGGACUCUACUGGAACGUCAAAUACGACAACGCACUGGAGGAUAAGUGGUACCACGUGAUGGUGUCCUGGACCAAUAAAAAGGGACUUAAGUUAUACAUCAACGGGGAUCUGGUCAGCGAGUCUACUACACCGGAACAGAGGAUGGCGAUAACUAGAAAACCUCGUUUCAACGAGUUCCUGAUUGGCCGCAGUAACGAUAGAACGGGCAUGGACUCUCUAGGAAUCAUUACUGUAGAUGACCUGAAGUUCUGGUCCGAGUACAAGGACGAGUAUCAAAUCCGGGAGAUCGGACCCAUGUACAGAUACUACCUGGAUAUGGAUAGCAUCGUUGGAAGAGAACUAGUUGUGGACAACAUGGCGUCCGAGGUUUUGGGAAACGUCCAAAGCGUGAGCGGCAAGAUCGGAAACGCCCUGAAAUUCAACAAGGACGGGGGAAAUGUGGAUCUGGCGGAUUUCAGCACCUCCUGCCUUGGAAAUCCAGACAUCUGCCUCCAUGGAUUUCUGAUUUCCUUCUGGAUCAAACUGGACGAGCUCCGCAGAUAUUCCUACUACUUUUCCAGUCCGGGUAUUGACGUCUACUCGGUGGGCAAAAACCUGUACGCCGUCGUCCACGCCGGGAACAGGAAGUGGGAAGCCCGGACGUAUGGUUUAGAAAGUGGUAUCUGGCAGUUCGUGGAAGUAAGCUGGAGCGAGAGUAAGGGGUUGUCUAUCUACAUUGACCUUCGGCUGGCUGUUAAGCAAGCGGGGCAUUCUAUAGAGUCACCGAAAAAAAGCACCGAUCCCACGUUCUACAUUGGUCGCGCUAACUAUGCUAAUCAGCAAGAAUAUCCCUACGGUCUUAUUGAUGAUGUGGAAAUGAUGUAUGGGGAGAGAGACACAUUGCUGUUUUUGGAUCUGAUACAGAGAGGCAAACCGACGAAAAACUACGUCAGUUUCGACAGCAUGGUCGGAGACCGGGUGUUCCACCCCAACAUGCUGAUUGAAACCUACGGCGGGCCGAAACUCGUGUCCGGAAAAAUAGGCCAGGGCAUUAAACUGAAUGGUAACAGGCAGGUAGUGGACUUUGGCGAGCACCAGGCCAGGUGUCUUGGUAACCUAGACAACUGUAACCAUGGCGUCCUCCUAGGAUUGUGGUUCAAUCCAACAACCUUCAGGGACAACAUGUAUUUUGCGUCCACUGGAAAGAACGGCAUCACCAUCAGAAACACCGGAAGUCGUGUCACAGUAACGGCCGCCACGUCAACCCGCGAGUGGUCGGUUAACACGGAACUUUUGUCCUACGGGAACUGGUAUUUCCUGGAGGUGUCCUGGGAUCCGGAAAAAGGCCUGGAGCUGUACAUCAAUAACAAUUUGGUGGAUAGCAGUGACAGUCCGAGAAAGCGCGCGGUAUCUGUGGAUACGGGCAUUUACGCCAGCUCGCAGGAAAAUAAGUUCUAUCUUGGCCGAGGAAACACCGGGAUGACGUCAAAUAGUUACGGUAACGCCAUGUAUGACGAGCUGGAAUAUUGGUACGGUCCAAGGGACUAUCUGAUCGCCUUCGAUUACAUCCAGAGAGGUAAACCAAGGGGUUAUAUAAUUGAUAUGGAAGCCAAGAGAGGAGAUGAUCUAGUCCACCAGGACCUGCCUCUGCGGCUGUAUGGUGACCCCCAGCUUGUGCAGGGCGUAAUAGGCUACGCCUUACACCUGGACGGCAACAACCAAUACCUAGACGUAGGCAGACACGCGGACGAGUGCCUGGGAAACUUACAGAAAUGUACCAAUGGACUGACAGUAUCGGCCUGGCUCAACUUCAAAGACUACUCCGAAAACAUGUACAUACUCUCAACCGGAAACGACGGGAUCCGGAUGUACCAGAAGGGAGGAGAGACCGUCGCGGUGGUCCAUCAGAACGGCAAGGAGUGGGAGGUGUCUGUGCCCAAUCUGGAGCGGCAGGCGUGGCACUACGUGGAGCUGUCCUGGCACCCCGACUUCGGACUCAACAUGUAUGUUAACAACACCCUGGUCGCCCACUCCUCCUUCACUAACGUCGUACCCAACGUCAGGAAGCCCGGGGCACGCGUGCUGGUGGGUCGGGCUAAUGACGGGGAUACGGGGGAGACUACCCGUACAGCUAUGAUGAUCGUGGACGAGAUGGAGGUGUGGUACGGGCGGAGGGAGGGGCUGGUCGCCUUCGACUAUAUCCUCAGAGACAACAUUCAACACGAGACUAUCUCCUUGGAAACGGCGUCAGGGGGCGUGGUUAACCAUCCCCGACUAACUAUUACUUUAGCCAAUGGUGCAAGUCUAACCAAUGGAAGAAUAGGACAGGGGGUUUCUCUGGAGGGAUACGGCCAAUACUUGGACCUCGGAAACAAUGGCGACAAAUGUAUGGGAAAUCUGGACAAAUGCAGAAACGGACUAACCAUUUCCCUUUGGAUAAAGGCGCGAAAAUUAGAAGAUGGUACUUAUUUCCUAUCGAGUCCUUCCAACACGCUUUCCUAUGAGUAUGGACAACUGGUUUCCCGGUUCUUUAUGAACGGAAAGAUGUGGGAAGUAUCAAGCCCGAACGUUCAAGCCGAUCAGUGGCAUCAGGUGGUGAUGUCGUGGUCCCCCAAUGGUGGUGCCGAGCUCUAUCUGGACGGCAAGAAACAGGGAGCCACCACCACGUGGAGCUCCUUCCAAGGAGACGAUCCCACCGUCGGCAAGACGUUUGUGGGUCGGUCGAAGGACAAUAGCCGAAAAACCGUCAAUGCCUUGGUGGAUGAAAUUCAGUACAUCUAUGCUCAGAGGGACCAAGCCAUAGCUUCUGGACAACUGCAAGGAUACGUGAAUCACCAAGCCUUGCCUCUAGAUCGGGUACCCCGCAUUGAGAAUGGCAAGUUCUUCAUCAAGCUUCCCAUAAGAACCAUCCUCCUUCACGGAAAUCCGGCACAGGUCCAGGGCCAACACGGGCGAGCUAUUAGAAUUAACGGAAAGAGCCAGUACCUAGACUUCGGAGAAGACUUGAUUUGUAAAGGCAACCUUGCUAACUGCGAGUCCCGUGGUUUCACGGUACAGUUCGCUGUCAGGCCGGAGCGGCUGAUAGAGAACAUGUACCUGAUGGACAGCUUCCCCCUGUCUGUGUACUACAGGGACGGGAAGCUGUGGGCCACCGCUAGGACCCCGACAAUGUCCUGGACCACUUCUACCCCUGACUUCAUUGCGGGAGAAUGGCAGCUCGUAGAAAUCACAUGGCAACCACAAAGAGGCUUGUCAUUACUAAUCGACGGCACAGAAGAAUCCCAUCAAACCUUCGGAACCCCUCAGCAGGAGAUCAGAGAGUGGGACCGCAAGACCUACUUCGGUCGUUCCCUGUCCGACAUGGUCCGGGAGAGAUACGCUGAUGCCACCUUGGAAAGGCUUGAUGUCUGGAACGUCCAAAAGGACUACCUACAGGUCCACGGCUUGAUCGGAUCCAACACCACCGGAUCUACUGGGUACAUAGUAACAGGCGACCACAACACGACGUCUGGCGGUUCCGGACAGAGUCUCCACGUCGAUAGGAUCAACGUCACCCACAAUGUGGUGACCAUCCGACCGGGCGUGGAGGUGGUGCCCGAUGACUUCAUCACGAGUGUGAUUAAUGACGACCGUCGCAUCAUUCGGGAUGGGGUCCAGACGACCUUCAUCGAGCCUGGCGGUGAUACCCACUUCAUCCCACCCCCUGGGGACAACAGCGGGGUGGAUAUCAUCGUCCUGAACGGAACCAUACGACGGGAGCAGAGAAGGAGGACAACUCUGCCACCACCCAUACCCACCACCCAGGCCCAGAUCAACACAAACCUGUACGAGGAUGUGGAGAGACAGGUGUUCCGCCAAACCCGGCGCUACUCCACACACACUAUCCGCUUCCUGGGCAGCGCCUACAUCCACUACGACUUCGGCGCCUUCGGUGUCAACGCCCCCAAGAUGAUGGAGGUGGUGUCCAACGAGACCUUUCAUUUCCAGUUCAUCACGAAGAAAGCCAAUGGCCUUCUGUGGUUGGACAACAGACAGAAUCAGCUCAUGUAUAUAGCCAUCAAGAAUGUUGAAAACGGCAAAAAGUGUGACGGUUACCUGACUUUUUACCUGGACGAUGGGACGAACAGUCCCCAGCAGGUGCAGCUCCGCCCCGAGGACUACCGCGACCUGAACGACUGGAGGUGGCACAAGAUUUCAGUGGAGAGGAUGGGCCGCCAUCUGAGAUUCUUUAUCGACGAGAAGUACGCGGGCGAACUCUUCACCAGGAACGAGAUUCAGUUGGUUGCCCCUGGCGACGUGUAUUUGGGAGGGAGCCCGGAUACCAUACAGCUCACCGAUAGAAACAUCCGUGAGGGCUUUGAUGGGGCGCUCACCGAGGUCAUAUACACCAAAUUCGCUAGAAACAAUCACGUGACGAUCGUAAGUCUUCUAGCUCACAUCGAGACGCAUGCGUCAACUCAUGGCCGGGUCAUUAUCUACAAACCUAACGAAUUUGGCACCAGGCCGCCACUUCCGGCCACAACCCUUGCCCCGAGACCAAAAGAAAUCUAUCUCUUCCGGACUCUCUCCAUUCUGCAGUUCAACUUCCACAUCCGGGCCACUGGCUUUAUUGACAUGAGGAAUGGCGGCGAGAUCUCUUUCCGCUUCCGGACUCUCCAGUCACAAGGUCUGAUAUUCGUUGCCGGAACUUCCGGUUCCUUCGUCAGUUGCGAAAUAGUGGACGGAUAUUUGUACAUGGUGUAUGAUUUUGGCGCUGGCGCUAAGCGUGUCCGACUUUCCUCGAGUAUUGUGAACGAUGGUCAACCCCACACUGUCCGACUUGUAUUCAGCUAUGGCCGCCGACUUACGGCGUAUUACGACAACGUUCCUACAACUGCUAGUCUCUCGGGCUCUGAGACUUCGUUAUACUUCAGCGGAGGAAUAUGGUUCGGCGGUCCGAGGGAGGACGAUCAGUUGUCCUGGUAUCUGAUAUCAAGGAAUGGUUUUGUUGGGUGCUUGUUGGACUUUGUUUUGACAGAUACCAGCACGGAUUUUGGAUCCAUGAUUAUCCAGAAUGUACCGGAACUCUCCCAGUCCUGUGUAGUGGGGGCAAACGAGUGCGCGGUGCCCUCAAUCUGCGGGCGGGGGGAGUGUACAUACCACGACGCCCUGUCAUACCACUGCUACUGCGCAGGGACAGGGAUGGCCGGCGACAACUGUAAUAUAUGGCCCGUGACUGCCGCAUUUGAGGGGAGGGAAUACGUGAUCUACCACUACAGCAGGUAUCUGGAGACUCACAUGAACGACUUCUCGGUCAGAUUCAGGACCAAGCAGAGUAACGCCAUACUGUUCCAGACCUACUCCACCCAGGGGCACAACGACUUCAUCCGUGCGGAGCUCGAGAACGGGCGAAUCAAGGUCACGGUCAGGGUCAACGGCAGAGACCAGGUGUUCUACACCGGGAUCUAUCUCAAUGACGAUGCCUGGCACACUUUUAACCUCCGCCGGCGCGCGGACCACUUGGAAUUGUGGGUAGACUCCCAGCAACACCAAACAGAGAAAAUAUCCGGCCAGGAUUUCUUCAUCCACUACGACAAGAUUUACUACGGAUCCCUAUAUGAGAUAUACCCUAACCUGCGAAUUCCUGCCUUCCACGGGUACAUGCACAAUGUCUACGUUGACCGGGUGGACAUCUUUGAAAAACUGAAGCAGCACAGCGGCGGCCAUUGGCCCAUUCUGAUCUUCACGCGCGGUGAGUGGGAGAAUCACUAUAGGGGUCACGCUGACCUACAUACUCCCAGACCCACUACCCAGAGACCGGUCACCCCGCGUCCCACCACACCCGCACCCCAGCCAACCAGAGUCAAGCUCAUCAGCACCAUAUCGCUCCUAGUUCACGGCAAGCACUACCACAUUCCCGGCUACGUCGACUUCCGGCAGAGAGGAGGCGAGAUCAGUUUCCGCUUCCGGACUUUGCUUCCUACCGGUCUUUUACUGACCAUACCAAGGACCACCUCUCUGUCUCACUUCAUGAGCUUUGAAGUCUUCGAUGGAAAAUUGUAUUUUGUUUAUGACUUUGGAGCGUUAACGCGACGUAUAUUGGUGUCUAACGAUUUCGUCAGCACCGGGCAGUGGCAGAGCGUGAAGUUAUCAAUGGCCGACAGCUACAUCCUGGUCUACCUGAACAACAAGCCCACUCGUAUUGAACUGUCUUCAUUUGAGACCAAUUCUUUGUACUUUGCCGGUGGAAUUUGGAUUGGAGCACUACCAGCAGAGAAUCUGUCGUGGUAUACGUUUGCCAGAGACGGGUAUGUGGGUUGUAUAGGAGACCUCACGCUUCACAAACUUGAUUCCAACAUGCGACUCAAGUCUUUCAUCUCGGGAUCUGAUAUUUCCAACCAGUGCUCAGCGCUCACCCGCCAUUGUGACAAUGCCAACAUCUGCGGUACCGGAACCUGCGCGUACUCCGACCAAUCCAAUUACAUCUGCCACUGUGAGGGGACCGGAUUUGGUGGAGACCGUUGCGACAGAUGGCCGAUAACUAGCAUCUUUGAGGAUGGGCACUAUAUCUUAUAUAAUUACCUACUGCAACAGAAGACCCACAACAACGAUUUCUCCGUCCGCUUCCGGACCGCUCAGGAUAACGCCGUUCUGUUCCAAACUUACUCCACCCGCGGCCUUGACGAGUACAUCCGGGCAGUUCUGGAAAACGGCCGCGUUAAGGUCACCUUCAGAAUCAACGGAGUUGACCAGGAGUACUACGUGGGAGAGAACUUGAACGACAACCAUUGGCAUACCUUCAACCUCCGACGUCACGGCAACCUGGUCAAGAUGUGGGUUGAUGACCUCGCCGCUAAAGAAGAAACAUUGAAGGGAGAGAACUUUUUCAUCCACUACGACAACGUGUACUACGGUUCCCUGGCCAAUCUGUACCCCAGUCUAAACAUCCCGUCCUUCUCUGGCUCCAUGCACAAUGUGUACAUCGACCAUACCGACAUCUUUGACGAACUGAAGCAGCACUCGGGGGGACACUGGCCGAUAUUCAUUCACACCAAGACCGAGUACGAUAAUUACCACUUCCGGCCCGUGACCUUCGUCACUAGGGACGUGUACGCCGACCUUGCCCCUCUCCACGCCUCCCAGAGGAUGCAUCUGACCUUCAACUUCAAAACUGGUGAGGAAAACGGAAUUCUGCUGUUUACACGCGGAGGUGGAAACCAGUUCAUAGCUGUACAGUUGAUCGGUGGACAGUUAUACGUCAAAUUCCACAACGGUGUACGUCAGAGUUCUCCACAUCUUGUUCCGACCCCGAAACUGAACGACAACCAAUGGCACACCUUUGUUCUGAGGGAGCGCACGCGAGGCGAGCAACGUCAGUUUGAGGUGUCCAUCGACAAGUUGGCGCCCAUUGUCAUCAACCUAGGAACGAACCCCCUGGUGCUGACGGGCAGACUGUACAUCGGCGGCGUAUCCGCCAGUGAGUACCUGGACACGUUUGUCCGGGAGGUCCUGCAGUCCAACGAGGGCUUCAUCGGAUGUAUGUCUUCCGUGGAGCUUAAUGGACACACACCGGAACUGCUGAAGUACGCCAGUAACCUGGACCACAUAAUGACUGGAUGUCGUGCGAUUAGACCAUGCCCCUUGGACGCCUGUUUACACGGGGGUAUAUGUAUUCCCGGAAUCACAGAUUUCACGUGUAACUGUCAGACGACCGCUCACUGGGGACGAAACUGCGGCGAGUAUCCCAAUGGCACCAUUUUUGGAUCCCCUGACAACCAGCAGGGCGGCCUGAUUCUGUACACGUUCGACGAUCUCCAGGUGUCCAGCACGGAUGAAAUCGUGUUUGGGUUCAUGACCUUCUAUGAGGACGGAUUAUUAUACAGAGCAGAGAGCCGGCUGGGAAAUGAAUACAUUGCUAUCAAACUGGAAAAUGGUUUCAUUGUUGCUGAAUAUGACACUGGCAGCGGAAAACAAACUCUGAGAAUAGACUCAAAGACGUACAAUGACGGGAAAUACCAUGUUGUAAAUUUCCUGCGUACCGGCGAGCGCGCGGACCUGAUAGUAGACAGUCUCAGCGCCUUUAACAUGCACCAAUCUACCCAUUCUAAUUUCGACGAAAUGCACAAGGUAUUCAUUGGUGGAUACACAGACUCCGCCCAUUCUACCAUUUUGGAUGGCUUCAAUGGAAUCAUUGGAGGCGCCUACUGGAAUAAGUACCGCUUUAUUGACUUGGCCCACCACGGAGACAGCAGGAUCAACAUUGUCGGAAACUACGCCACUCUGAUCGACAAGCACGGCUACAAUCUACGGCCACCCAUUAUACCCACACGACCCCCGGUCCCUGAUCUUGGCCCCGGACCCCACAUAGUUCCCGAUCACAUCGGAGGUGGUGGGUCCCUCGGACCUGGUGCCUCGGGUAUUGGAGGAGGUGUUGAUGUGAUCCACUAUGAAAAGAUCGGUGGAAUUUCGGGUGGCUUUGGAACAAACCCUGGUUUGACUGGUGGACUGAACACGCUGCCACAAACCGCUGGUGGUGGUCCCGCUGUGGUUCCACCCCCAGCAGCUGGUGGUACGCGGGCAGGUGCUGCCAUGGGAACACUUCUCGGUACCAUGGCGUUUUUGGCUAGCUUAAUGUGGGCCUUCUGGAGAAUGAAGCCGGGUAUAGUCACAUUCCCAGGUGGUGGCGGCGGUGGACCCCCACCGGCAACCAUCUCACCCCCAACGGCGACCAACCUACCAGUGUUGAAGGCAAUGGGCGGCGGCGGCGGUGGCGAAGGAGGUGGUGGCGGAUCUGGCGGUGGCACCAAGAUCACAGUGGUCAAUGGUUCUGCAGGAGCCGGUGGCGGCGGCAGUGGUGGUGGUGCUGGCGGAUACUCUUCCUACUACACAUCCUCGACAACAACAGCGGCCGGUGGUGGUGGUGGCGGCGGCGGUGUAGGCGGGGAUGUAUUUGAUUCUGCCACUCUCAGAGCUACGGGUACGUUCUCGAACAAAGGAACCAUUAUUGGUACCCCCAAGGCUACACGAGCGUACUUAGGAUCCGCGUCGUCGGCAGGCAGCGGAAGUGGCGUUGGUGGUGGCGGCGGUACCUCAUCUUACCUUUACCAGAAGGAAACCACAACCUACAAGUCUGGCGGCGGCGGCAGUGGUGGUGUUAGCGGUGGCGGUGCCGGCGGAGGCGGCAGCAGUUACAACAUGGCGUACGGCGAGUCUACCACGGCGGAUUACGAUAUGGCGACGCCCGCUAACUAUACCAGUAACACGCUCUCCUCCUCCAUGGGAAGUGGUUUGGGUGGUGGCGGUGGUACGCUGGGUGGUAGCAAUACCAUGUCCAAUACCAUGUCCAAGAGUGGAUACAAUACCAUGUCUUCCUACAGCUAUCAGACAUCCUCACUUCAUCAGAAACGGUUCCUUGUCCAGAAUGUCCGUACAAUGAUGGCGAACCAGGCCGGAAAUCAGAUGGUACAGUACAGUGCGACCUCUAGCGGCGCGGUGACGCCGGGGGCUGCCGGAGAUGAAGUGCGCGUGGACUGUUGUCUGAUGGCGACGGACGGACGAAGCGUAGUGACCGGAUCAAGCCUGGGACCACCCCAAGUCUGGGACAUGCAGAAUGGCGAGUUGUUACGCAUUAUGAAAGGAGAUACUGUGGGAUCCACAAACCUCCAUCUUGCCUGCAAUGAUCGUCUGCUGGUCGGAGCAGUGCACGCAGAUCUUGAAGUCAACGAAUACUCAACUAGGAAAGGUGUUACCAAUAAAAAAUUACAGAUUUGGGAUUACACAACAGGAAAACCUUUAGAGAUGGGAACAGAGGAAACCUGUUCCGCUCUGUGCGUUAUGUCCGACCCGGAUAAAGUAGUGUUUGCUCGCUCAGAAAAGUUCGGCAAUGCCACACAUGUGAUAGUGUGGGACUUAUUAGGAAACCAGGCACUAAAAGAAGUGAAAUAUGACGCACCCGUAGGAAACAAUGACUAUGUGAACUUCUUAAAACUUUCCCACAAUGACCGAUACUGUGUAUUAGGAUUUAAUAAUUCAUUUGACAAUCACGCCGAGUUCGUGGUAUUUGACAUGAAUCAGACCCACCACGAAGUCACGGACCCAUGUUUAUUGAGGUUGGAUGCCAACACGGACUGCACCGUCAUCCUGCCUCGAGACGAGGCCGUAACGGGACUACGCAAUGGAGAUCUUGUGGUCUGGAGUCUGCGCACUGGUCAGCCCAGCCGACAGCUGCUUUCCGGUUCCGGUGUACAUGCGCAUAACAAGGAGGUGAAGGCGGUCGUUCUGUCAGAGGAUAACAGAUACUUAGUGUCUGCCUCAGCAGACGGCACGCUGAAGGUGUGGGACAUGCAGACGGAGAGACAGAUGAGCACGCUGAGGGGUCACAAAGACGAGGUUUGGUGCGUUGCCAUUUCUCCUGACAACGAAAUCGUCGUAUCCGGUGGUAAGGACGCUUCCAUCCGCCUCUGGAGAAUGAAGAACGGAAGUGAGAUCUGCGCAUUCUCCACCGCUGUGGACGUCUUCUACGUCACGAUGAGCCAUGACAAAGGAACCAUCGUUGCCCUUGGAGACAGAUUUGGUGCUCGAAAGUUGAUUAUGUUGCAAGUCGUACGCACUAAAAUUCGCCGAACUGUCACGUCAUAGAACUUCAAACCAAAAAAAAAGAUUAAAUGAAAAAUUACGAUUCGAAGCAGACUGGUUGGCCCUUUUAAGUAUAUAUAUAUGAUAUUUUUUGUUUGAAAUAUUCUCAUUUUAAGGAUGAAUUAGAUUACGAUUUUUUUAAUUUUCUGAUAUAUCGGAUGCUUUUUGCCAGAAUUUUCUUGCCAGUGCCAGCUACAUAUAUUUUCUACAAUGCAGAAUAAUAUUUCAAUCUUUGAAAUCUUCACUGCUUACCGAUAAUCUGCCACCCUUUAUUGCCAUAAAAAAAAAGCUGUCGAACUUUCUAGAACAUUUCUAAAAUGUCGAGCUAAAUUUUUACGUUUUGAAAUGUUAUCUGAAUUGUAACAUUUGUUUUGGGGGGAAUUUCCCGAAUGAGGAAAUGCUACGAAAUCCAUUGACGUGUUGUUUAGACUGUUAGCGAUUAAUGAGUUAGCCAUGACCCCUUCCACGCGCCGAAAGUACGUGGAAAACACAGACCCUGGGCAAGAAUACUCACAUUAAGAUUCAAUCUUAUGAAGGUUUUUUUUUAUUGAAUGUCGUUUAUAUAUAUUUACAAUGCUUUAUUUAUUACGUGCUUUAAUAUAUGAUAUAAUAAAAUAAAAGUUUAUGAUAUGAA